AUGAAACAAUUGCUUCUCUGCCUCGGGAUUUGGACUGUCUUUGAGGAACAGCUGAAAGCAAUCAAACCGCUUGUUGGGUUUGGCAACUUUUCCAUACGUACCAUUUUCCCAUUCAUGCACCUGCUCAAUGCCAGUGAUAGAUCUUCUGAAAACGCAUCUGGUGAGCUGCCUUAUGUUUCAACCUACUAUUGUCCAUUCUUGAUUCAGCUUGUCCAGCUGUAUAUACAUGCAAUGGCCGAUCCUGCAAUUGGAGUGGCCUCAUUUUAUCCGUCGGAAGCGCGUCUUCGAAUCGCACUCACCUGCUCCUCCCCGCUCCUGCAGUCCACGACAUUGAGAGACAGUCACGACUGCGGCAUCCUCCUACAGCACAAGAUCGAGAUGUUGGAGGAGGUUGAGCGCUGCUUCGUCCACAUUGAUUACCAGAUGCGCCUGCACGACGACCAUGAUCCAGAGGUGCCGAUCGAUGCCAAGUUGUAUGGUGGGCUUUGCCGCAGUUCUCCACGCGCCGAGGGUGCGAAACUGGCGUUCCAAAGGACGCGCGGUGCCAGAGCCGAGGAGUGGGGAGAUGAGGAGUUAACGCCGUGCGCAGAGCUGUCCGGAGACCGCCCUUGA